UCAACCAAGAGGUCAGCUCUGGAGCCAGGUGAGGGCCUGAAAGAUGCCAACAAAGGCAACUCCUGAAGAGGCAAGGCUGUGGUCUGAGUCUGUGGAUAAGUUGCUCUGCCACAAAGCUGGUCAGGCUGCCUUCAGGGACUUCCUCAGGACAGAAUUCAGCGAGGAGAACAUUGAUUUCUGGCUAGCCUGUGAAGCCUACAGGAAGAUCAAGUCUCUCACGAAGCUGGCUUCUAAAGCCAAGAAGAUAUACUCUCAAUUCAUAGAACCCAAGGCACCCAAAGAGAUUAACAUUGAUUUUACAACACGAGAAAAUAUCACCAGAAGCAUGGACAAGCCCACGCAAUCCAGCUUUGACGCGGCACAAAAUGUAAUCUACGGACUGAUGGCAAGAGACUGCUACCCUAGGUUCCUGAGGUCAGACGGUUACCUGGGGCUUGUCUGCAGAAGGGUCUCGACCUGAAACAUCACACAUUCCUUCCCUCCAGAGAUGGUGCCUGUCCCGCUGAGUUACUCCAGCAUUUUGUGUCUACCUGUGGUUACCUGGGACUGAUCAGCAAGGUGAACACCACCCCGCACACAACUGAUGCCGAGCAUCUCUCCAUGUCCUGACACAAGUCAACAGGUCAAUGCUGUCGUUUUUCUCUGAAGGGUCCCUUCCCGAAACGUCCCCUGUCCAUGUUCUCCACGAUGCUGCCUGACCUGCUGAGU